GGAACGUCUUCACCCCCACGCCUACAAAAAAACGCCUCUACUAUGUAUUGGCUGUAGGCUUGCAAGAAAAAGAGACCGAAUUGAAAAUUGAUUCUCGAAUUUUCGAAAAAAGAAGAAUUUGUAUGGUUAGGGUUGUGCUAUAAUGACCGUGUUUACUUAUUAAAAAUAUAUUUACAAAUUAUGGCUCUCAGAGUAACGAAUACCAUAGGUCUACGCCUUCUACAGGAGGUUACCCAAGGUUUCUUAGCUCCAGUUGCAGUUACUGCAAAUACACAAAUAGUCAGACAUAGAAGAACGAAGCACUGGAACCCCAAAUGGAAACUGUUUCGGCGCUUAAAAGUCAUGCCAGUCGAACUGCCAAAAUUUCAUGAGAAGGUCGAAGACAUGACUGAUGAGGAACUCAGAUUAAGGUUGAAAAAACAAGGAAUUUUACCUCCAAGACCUUGGGUCGAAAGGCAAUUCUUUAUUCACUCUACAGGAGGAGUUUUUGAACCGUAUGUACCACCAGAGGGCGAUGGAAAAGUUUCACCAGUUUCAAAACAGGGAGCAAUGCAAAGUCUACAGUUCUUAGGAAAAAAGUCAAAAACGAUGAUGGCAAUUAGAAAAAUUCGCCAGUAUGAGGAGGAAUUUGAUUCACCCAGUUUUUGUAAAGAAGCAUCGAAAAUUUAUAUAAAAAUGCAUGAAUUGAUGAUGGAUAAAGAUAAUGAAGAUAUUAUUGAUGUGGUAACUGAGAGAGCUUACCCAGAAGUCAUACAUAAUAUUAAGAAUAAAACUAUUCAUUGGAAAUUUAUUAAAGAUAUAGAGUUGCCUAGAAUUGUGCAAGCCAGAUGUACAGAUAUUAUUACAAAGGAAAACAUUUUUGCCCAAAUUACCGUACGAUUUCAUACCCAGCAGACCUUGGCUAUUUAUGAUAGAUUUGGCAGAUUAAUGCAUGGUAGUGAAAUCAUUGCAAAGGAUGUCUUGGAGUAUGUCGUUUUUGAAAAAAACGUAUCUAAUGAAUAUGGUACUUGGAGAGUACAUUCUAAGAUAAUACCAGAUUGGUUGCCUCCCAAAGAACCAUCACAAUUAACUUACAAGAAAAAGAAGGAAGUACCUGUUGAAGAGAAGAAAGAUGAAAAAGUUGCACAAAUUGCUGCAGGAAGUAAAGUAGUGGAACAAAGUAAAGCAGGAGAAAAACUUGUUACACAGUAAUGUUGAAGAAUUAAAUAUUUGUUUAGUUUAUUUUUUUAUGAAUUUUAUUUUCACAUAGCGG